AUGGGGGGGCAGCCGGGGCUUUGGCUGGGGGCGCUGGUCUGCUGGGCGAGCCUCGGGCUGCUGGAGGGCAACCACGAGGCGCGCCUCUUCAACACGCUCUUCGCCAACUACGACAAGAGCGUGCGGCCCGCCGGGCAGGUGGAGGACGUGGUGGAGGUCUCCCUCAAGCUCACCCUCACCAACCUCAUCUCGCUGAACGAGAAGGAAGAAACCCUCACCACCAACGUCUGGAUCACGCAGGAGUGGUACGACCACCGGCUGGACUACGCCAGCGAAGACUUCGGGGGGGUCGGCGUCCUGCAGGUGCCCCCGGACAAGGUUUGGCUCCCGGACGUCGUCCUGGAGAACAACAUCGACGGCCAGUUUGAAGUGGCCUACUUCUCCAACGUCCUCAUCUACCCGGGGGGCUACAUGUACUGGCUGCCCCCCGCCAUCUUCCGCAGCACCUGCGCCAUCGAGGUCACCUUCUUCCCCUUCGACUGGCAGAACUGCUCGCUGGUCUUCCGGUCCCAGACCUACACCGCCCGCGAGGUGCAGCUGACCUUCGGCCUGGACGACGACGGGAAGCCCCUCCAGGUGGUGCACAUCGACCCCGCAGCCUUCACGGAGAACGGCGAGUGGAGCAUCCAGCACCGGCCCGUGCGGCGCGUGGAGGGGGCCGAGGGCUACUCGGAGAUGCACUUCUUCCUCAUCAUCCAGCGCAAGCCCCUCUUCUACAUCAUCAACAUCAUCAUCCCCUGCGUGCUCAUCUCCUCCCUCGUGGUGCUCGUCUACUUCCUGCCCUCCGAGGCGGGGGGCCAGAAGUGCACGGUGAGCAUCUCGGUGCUGUUGGCGCAGACCGUCUUCCUCUUCCUCAUCGCCCAGAAGGUGCCCGAGACCUCGCUCAGCGUCCCGCUCAUUGGCAAGUACCUGCUCUUCGUGAUGGUCGUGGCCACACUCAUCGUCACCAACUGCGUGAUCGUCCUGAACUUCUCCCUGCGCUCCCCCAACACCCACCGCAUGUCGGAGCGCCUCAAACACGUCUUCUUGGAGGUUCUCCCGCGCUACCUGGGCUGGGCCUUGGAGCCGGCAGGCGACGACCCCUGGGACGCCCCCCAGCCCCGCCGGCGCAGCUCCCUGGGCAUCAUGCUGAAGGCGGAGGAGUACAUCCUCAAGAAGCCCCGCAGCGAGCUCCUCUUCGAGCGCCAGGCGCCGCGCCACGGCCUCCCCGCCAGCCGCCAGCCCUACCGGCUUGACGUGCAAAUGACCAGCACCUUGUACAAGAAUUUGGCCCACGUGGCGCCCGAAAUCAAGGAGUGCGUGGACGCCUGCAACUUCAUCACCCAAAGCACCAAGGAGCAGAACGCCGAGAGUGCGGAGAUGGAGAACUGGGUGCUGGUCGGGCAGGUGAUGGACAAGCUGUGCUUCUGGGCCGCCAUCCUGCUCUUCACCCUGGGGACGCUGGCCAUCUUCCUCACCGGCUACCUCAACGUUGUGCCCGACGAGCCCUUCCCGGAGUAG